AUGGGAAUAAUAUACAUUCUGUUGAUUUGUGUAUUUAAUCUGCUGAAUACAAAAGUCAACGGUCAAGAGGUCAAGCUUACGCUUCUUGGUGAUGCCGUAAAAAAAGGAGCAGUUUGCUUAGAUGGGAGCCCAGCAGGUUACCAUUAUGCUAAAGGAUUUGGAGAUGGUGCUAAUAGCUGGAUGAUUUAUCUUCCGGGUGGUGGAUGGUGUGGCUCCAAGCAAAGCUGCCUGGACAGAGUAAAAAAUAAUCCCGAUCUUUCGAGCACGAAAAAUAUCACUAAUACUUAUUUUGGAGGGAUAUUAAGCUCCGAUAAAAAUUCUAAUCCAGAUUUCUAUAACUGGAAUAGAGUUUUUAUUAGAUAUUGUGACGGCUCGUCGUUUAUAGGAGACGCAGUUGAUCCAGGAAGCAAACUCUAUCUAAGAGGCUCAAGAAUUUUCACUGCA